AUGAGGCUCUGCUCCAUAGGGUGCCCUCUCCUCCUGGGGGUUAUUUACCUUACAGGAGCCCGUGCUGCUUCUGUGCAGGAGGCUGCAGGAGCAGCAGCAGCGAGCCAGCUGCAGCAGCAAGCUUCUGUAUCAGCAUCAGUUGAAGCAAAUGCUAGCGCCCAGGUGCAGGCUGAUAAUGGCGCUGGUUCUGGGGCCGAGCCUACGCAACGCCCGAUUAAGAGGUUACGUGGAGAAGACGAACAGAAUGAUGGGCCAAGUGCAGAAACCCGAAAGAAUUACGAUGAAGUGCUUGGAGAGCUACAGAAGGACCCUCGCUAUCAGCGUGCAAGAGAAAGGAAUGACGCGCUUGCUGAGCAAAGACGCCAACGUGUAAAUGCAUGGAUGAAGGGUAGAUCUCAACAGGGGCAAGCUCCCUCCGCAGAGGCGCAGGCAGAUAAGGAGAGGCGUGCUAAAUAUGACAAGGUAGUGGAAGAGCUGCAGCAGGAUCCGAGAUUUCAACGGGCGAGGGAGCGUCUUGGGGGAGCCAGCGAUGAGGGAUCGAAGGCCAGCAAUAAAGACACAAAGCCCCAUACAUUCUCAAGAUAA